UAAAAAAAAGCCUUCAAGGUGGAAGGAUUCGCACGGGAGCGAAACGCACUACAAUGCCACAGCGAAAGACGGCGGCGGAAAGACCGAGUGCGGCGAGACGUACGACGCCCCUAUAGCGGGACCCGGUGGACGCCGGGCAAGUGAACACCUCCACCAGCGGGACGUCCUACCCGAUGGAGGACGGUGCAGAGUACGGCCAUGCCGGCAUCCAACAUCACAUGCCCUCUUCCUCCUCGUCCUCCUCUCAUCCGCAACUAUCCAAAGAGCUGACGCACCAUCACAACCAAUCCCAACAGCAAUCGCACCAUCGUAACCAUGCACACCAAUCGCAGCAGUCCCAUCAUGUGAAGCUCCUGCAACAGCAACAACAACAACAACAACAACAGCACCAAUCCCAACCUUCGCAACAACAUCACCUAUCGAACGUUCCGGCAUGGUACGCGGGAUCCUCCGGUGGAACGCUUCGUUCGGCAAGUUCUGGCCGGCGGGCAUCGUACGGCCACAGUCAGUACGGUUCGCAGCAGCAACAGCAACAACAGCAACAACCACCCCUAACACUACCCCCCUCGGCCGUCAAUUAUCACGAAAUGGCCGACACGAUUUCGAUCGGCAGUGGACAUUCGGCCCAUCGCAGCUACAUCGAACAACACCCAAUACAGUCGCAAGCACAGCAGCAGCAGCAACAACAACAACAGCAGCAGCAACAUCUUCGAGGAGGAGUUGCCGGUGGGUUGCUGAUAGACCGACACGGUACCACCGGCACGGACCGGUUCGGUGCGUUAGAUGAUCCGCUCAGCACUAGCUGCCUGCAGCCUCCGUCGCCGGCGCCGAGUAAUGACCACUACGUGAUGGGACUGCCAGCGCCGGGUCCAGCACCGGUCAGCCAUCACUACACCGACAGCCGACAUUAUGGCACGAUUCAGCGACGGACAGCGAGCCCCUCGAACAUCAGAUACCGGCACAGCUUGACGGAGAACUAUCGGGACAUUUCGCCGCAGUGCGACCGGUACAUACCGCCGCCGGCACACUUUCUCGGUGCCGACACCUACGGCUACCUCGGCUCGAACGUGCACACACCGAUCAAGCGUUACGUGCCGACACCGCCACCCCAGGAACCACCCUAUCCACCGUUGGGUGGUGCCGGUUCUACCAACGCAAAGACCCAAGCACUCAUGAGUGCUCUGCUGGGGCAUCAGGGACAGCAGCGGGCCGGCCAUUCUUCGUCACAUGCCCACCAUCCGCAUCAGUACGCGUACGCCACCAGUACACUUCCGUACGGUUUUCGUGUCAAGAGUGGAGGUGGUUCGGGCGGUGGUGCUAGUGGUGGUGGGAACGGUACGAAUGUUACUGUCCCAGCCGAUCCCACCACCAUAUCGCCCCCGAAGGGUUUCGAAACACCCGACCACCUUUACGGUAGCAUCAGCAACAGCACCACAGGCAACAUUGCCGCCAGCAGUAGCAGCAGCAUCAAUACACCGCCAGCCCGUGUUCGACCUCCCAAGUGCCCGUCGUCUUCCCUCGGUAGUGGGCCAUCGCACAAUACUUCCACCCUGCCCCACGCUACGUCCGCCAGUGGGCAUGUGUCGCGAAGCAGCAGUCGCCAUUCGACGCAAGGUUCGUCCAGUACGAAUGGUACAGGUAACGGUAUGAGUAGCAGCAGCACCACUAACAGCUACCGAAUGUCCCGGACGUCGAGCGCAGAAUUUUUGGAACAGCCACGGGGUAGCUAUCGCGUAUCGACACCAGUGAGCGUGAUGAGUGAACCGAACGGUGGAUCUUCUGGUGGUAGUGCGUCUUGUCUGCACUGUAACACACUCCGGCGGACGACCGGUGUACAUCAGACAACGCAAACGACCGGACCGAUUAGUCCGCAACCGAUUGGACCAUCCGAUGCGAACAGCUGUCAUUCGGUGCCGGCCAGUCCCGCUUCACUCACCUCACCGCAACAGCUGGCGGGCGCUAGUAUGACAUUGGUAUCGGUAGGGCCGGGCUCAGCUUCACCUCAUCCACAGCAACAGCAGCACCAUCUGACGACGUCUCAGUACAGCCAGGCACAGCAAAACCAACCCCCGUCCUCUUCACUGCACAUUCCAUCAGUUCAAGGCAUUGCAACAGCACAAUCACAGCACUCGCAAACGUACGAUAAUCUGAACGAAGGCACUGGAACACUGGACCGCGACACUGGCGCCACGAUUCCCCGGAAUGCUAGCAAACAUCAGUUUGUACAGUCGAAUCGAGUCGAGACGCCCUCGAUGGAGAAUCUGCUCAGUGCCAGCAGUAGUCGAUCGUUGUUGCUCCAACAGCAACAGCAGCAAUACACAUCCCAAGCGGGUCCAUCUCCGUGUCAGCAACAGCAACAACCGACAAGUGCGACGCCCACCCUGGUCCCGCUAGCACAACCGCCAUCCACAGCACAACAAUCAAUACCACCGCAACAACCGCAACUGACCAGUCCACAGCAACAGAACGUCCCAGCAGAGCAGCUUCAGCCCCAGCCGCAGCAAGUACAACCGUCGCCCUCACCACAGCAGAUAAUGCCACAACCACCGAUCAUAAUGCCCGCCCAGCAAGUGAUAUCCUCACCCGCCAUCGUACCCUACGCCAUGCCGGCACACGCCCUCCAGGCGCACGGAGGAUCGCUGAACGAUUCGCCGGCUUCUACGCUCCAGCGCAGCAGUAACGCUCAGCUGCUCCGCAUUCCUCAGUCGAACCUAUCCUGCAAACAGCGCGUCAAGGAAUACUUGCGACGCGAAACGGCCAAAUUCUUCGGCGUACCGAUCCAGGACGAGGAGUACGAGCGUACGAAAUGGGAUGAUCGGCAGCGUCGCUUCGCCUGCCGGCGGUUUGGCUCAUUGCGUGAGGAUUACGAUCGUGAUGGACAUGCGAUGCACGGUAAUGUGCCGGGUAUGCAUCAUCCGCACCAUUACCAUGCCAACGAACAUCACCAUCAUGGACACCAUGGUCCAAACCAUGGUCAUCAAGCCGCAUCUCUAGCACCCUCCGACCGACCCGACAUUCUUCCGGCACAAAGUCAGGACGAGCGGGAAACGGAACUGAGUAGACGGCAGCGUGCCAACCCACACUACGCCUCUGCCCAGGAUCAGCAGGGUGAUGUGUAUCUGAUACGCGCCGAACGCAAACCAUCCGUACCGGCCGUUAUCUGCAGUGGACUUAACUUCAUCGUGCAAAGCAUCACCCGAAGGCGACUCCGGACGCACAAACAGUGGUCGCGAAGUUUUGCACCGGCACACGUGGAGCUUACCGGGUUGGAUGGAGCGGAUGGUUCGGAGGUACACUGUGAUGGGCUCGCUCCGAUACAGGACGGUGAAGCGUUUUUCGAUACACCGACGGCGGUGGGUCCGGUCGGAAUUGGACAGCAAGACCGCAUCCAGCAGGGUGGACUGAUGGCGCAUGACAACUCCCGGCAGUUGUUCGUAUCGGAUGGAGAUCGUGCGACGGGCAGUGGGAUAAUAAAUGGUUGGAGAACCAAGUCAGCGGAACUGCAUCACCAGCAGCAGCAGCAGCAACAACAGCAACAACAACAGCAGCAAGCUGUCCAGGCAGGAGGUCAGCAAGGACAGGCGGCGGUCCUGGUGCAACAACAAAACCAAGAUCAAGGAGGACAGCCAGCCAGCAGUGGCAUCUAUGGACAACGAAUCUCAUCCCACAUCUUAGACGGUGUGUUGGACAACUCGCUGCGACCGGUCCGCAAUCGGGUCAAAUUGUUACGACCCAAUCUGCUCGACGAACGGUACGACUACCGGCCCUUCUUUACCUACUGGAUCAACACGGUGCAGAUCGUGGUGAUGAUCCUAUCGCUCAUCUGCUACGGUUUCGGACCGAUCGGUUUGGGCAUGGAGUACCGCUCGGCACAGGUUCUCGUGACAAGUUUAAGCUUGCAACAGGUACAUCAUCAAGAACCGCGAAACAUUUGGAUCGGUUUGCGCAGUGCUGACCUGAUACAUCUAGGCGCCAAGUACGGUGCCUGUAUGAGACGCGAUACAAAGAUUCUGGACGUGGUGUCCCGGACGCGUAAGCACGAGCGGGAAACGGCUUGCUGCAUACGGAACGACGAUUCUGGCUGUGUACAGAGCUCUCAAGCGGACUGCUCCAUUCGUGGUUGGCCAUCGAAAACGAUCGCAACAUGGAAAAAAUGGUCUCCCGGUGAAUCGGGACCCGGAGGACGCAUCUCGGGCAGUGUUUGUGGGCUCGAUCCAAAGUACUGCGAUGCACCGGCUUCCAUUGCACCGCACGAGUGGCCGGACGACAUCACCAAGUGGCCUAUCUGUCGGAAGAACAACCAGCUAUCGCAGCGGUUCCGCUUCAAGGACCACACAGCCGAACAUAUGGUGUGCGAGGUGAUUGGCCAUCCGUGCUGCAUCGGUGUGUACGGCGAGUGUCGCAUCACGACCAGAGAAUACUGUGAUUUCGUUCACGGGUACUUUCACGAGGAGGCAUCCCUAUGUUCGCAGGUCUCGUGCUUGAACGAUGUUUGUGGCAUGUUUCACUUCAUUGCCAUUGACUAUCCGGACCAGUUCUAUCGGCUCUUUACGUCGCUGCUACUGCACGCCGGUCUCAUCCAUCUGAUCAUUAGCGUUGCCUUCCAGCAUCUGCUGCUGGCCGACCUGGAACGUCUGAUAGGACCGAUGCGGACGGCCAUCCUGUACAUUGGAUCGGGCAUUGCGGGCAAUCUGACGAGUGCGAUCUUUGUGCCGUAUAAGGCGGAGGUGGGACCUCUGCCGUCGAUUGCGGGCGUGCUGGCGUCACUGAUGCUACAGCUCGUACUGUGCCAUUGGAAGAGCUUGAAGAAACCACACAUAGCUAUGAUCAAAUUGCUUAUCCUCGGCUGCACCCUGUUCGGGCUGGGGACACUGCCACUGCAGCAGAACUUUACCGGGCUGAUUGCGGGCCUGCUGACCGGUAUAGCACUCACGCUAGCAUUUGUACCAUUUGUGAACGUAACGAAACAUAGCCGUAAGAGUAAGAUCAACCUCAUCUGGACGUGUGUGACGCUGCAGUUCGUUCUGUACGCCAUCAUGUUCAUCAUAUUUUACGCCUUCCCGACGCUGUUCGAGUCGCUUAACUUCAUCGACGGCAAUCAGCUGAUGGAUCCGAAUGCCGGCCAUGGCUAUCACGACCAUUACAGCUUGUAUGAUGGCUACAACAACUACAAUCCACUCGGCGGUUCAGGAGGCCACUCGGGGACCGGUAGUGGUAGUGCUGGUGGACAUAACCACGGACAUGGGUCUGGUGGUGGUAGUGGUGGAAGCGGCGGCAUCAGCAAUGGAGGAAAUGGAGGCGCUGGAACUGGUGGUGGAAAUCACAUUAUCGGCACGUACAACAACAAUUACAAAUCUUCCGGUGGCAACGUAAUGCACAAUCAUCACGACUACACGGGCGGUGGCAAUGUUAUGCCCGGUGGGCCAAAUCGGAACGGGCUCGGUGGGGGUCGCAGUUCGACCGGUAAUAAUCUACUGAAGACGAUUAGUCUGUGCGAAAAGGGGCAGUGCGUACUGAGACAGCCGCGCCAGGCGGACACGAAUGCAUGACGGCGAUGUUUUCUGCUAUUCACCGCACUCGAGCUAUGCUUCGUCCUGUUUGUCCUGCUCGUGCUGUAUGAUGUGGACGACUUUCAGAUUGUGUAUCAGUUCGUACUGCAUUGAUUUUGCAAUCGUUAGCUAAACGUUAGACGUACAGGACAUUGUAUCCCAGUAACUCAUUGUGAUCCAGACAUGUUAUC